AUGAGUUCCGAAACAAAAAUUACCAGGUUUUUGAGAUUUUUAGAAAUUCCUGUCAAAGACAGGGCAUCCGUCAGUUUUUUGAAGAACCCCGAUUUGCAGCCUAUCAAGGCCGUCAACCAGACAUGGGGAUUCUGGUCUAAUUUUGCAUACUGGGGUGUUAUGUCCUUUUCCGUGGGUACUUGGAUUAGUGCCUCAUCCGCGUUGGAUGUCGGGCUAAGUUAUCCGGAGACCAUCGGUACGUUUAUCGUCGGUGAUGUGUUGACCAUUGUUUUCACCUUGGCCAACUCGUGUCCAGGUUACGACUGGAAGGUCGGUUUCACCUUGGCCCAGAGAUUUGUGUUUGGUAUUUACGGUUCUGCCUUCGGUAUCAUCAUCAGAAUUCUGAUGAGUAUCGUCAAUUACGGUUCCAACGCUUGGUUGGGUGGUCUUUGUAUCAACAUGAUCCUGGACUCCUGGUCUCACCACUACCUGCACUUGCCCAACACUCUGACUUCGAAAGUGGCCAUGACCACCAAGGAAUUGAUCGGGUUCAUUAUUUUCCACAUCCUCACUGCAUUCUGCUACUUGAUGAAACCUUACCACAUGAACUACAUUUUAAUCUGGUCCUGUGUCGCUACUUUCUUCUCCAUGUUGGGUAUUGUGAUCUACUUGACCAAGCACGCCGGCGGUGUGGGUGACCUGUUCACCUCCACUGAAUCCACCGCGACUGGCUCCACCAAGGCCUGGGCUUGGGUUUAUAUGAUCUCGUACUGGUUCGGUUCCGUCUCUCCCGGUUCCACCAACCAGAGUGAUUACUCCAGGUUCGGCUCCUCCAAUUGGGCCAUCUGGGCCGGUACUAUCUGUGCCCUGUUGAUUCCAACAACUUUGAUUCCAGUUUUCGGUGUCAUCGGUGCUUCCACUUGUACCAAACUGUACGGUGAGCCAUUUUGGAUGCCCAUGGAUAUCUUCGACUACUGGUUGAAAUCUAACUAUUCUGCAGGCGCUCGUGCGGGUGCGUUCUUCUGCGGUGUUUCCUUUGUCAUGUCCCAGAUGUCGUACACCAUCUCCAACUGUGGGUUCGCCAGUGGCAUGGAUUUGGCCGGUCUGCUGCCCAGGUACGUCGAUAUCAAGAGAGGUGCUCUUUUCGCUGCAGUUGUCUCCUGGGCCUGUUUGCCAUGGAACUUCUACAACUCCUCCUCUACUUUCUUGACUGUCAUGAGUUCUUUCGGUGUCGUGAUGACCCCUAUCAUCUCUGUUAUGAUCUGUGAUAACUUCUUGAUCAGAAAGAGACAGUACUCCAUUACCAAUGCCUUUAUUCUAAAGGGUGAAUACUACUUUACCAAGGGUGUCAACUGGAGAGCUAUCAUUGCCUGGGUCUGUGGUAUGGCCCCCGGUUUACCUGGUAUUGCUUGGGAAGUCAACAACGACUAUUUCCACAACACCGGUAUUGUCAACUUCUUCUACGGUGACUCCUUCUUCUCGUUUUUGAUUUCCUUCUUCGUCUACUGGGGUCUAUGCAUUUUCUUCCCAUUCAAGAUCACUGUAGGACACGAUGACAAGGACUACUAUGGCGCCUUUACCGACGAAGAGGCAAGAAAGAAGGGCAUGGUUCCAUUCAGUGAAAUCUCUGAAGAAGAGGUCCAUGCCUACACGUUGGGCGAGGGUUACACCACCGGUCACGAAUAUAAGCCUGAUGGAUUUGACGAUGAAGUACCGGACCUGGUCAAAACUAGUUCCGAAAACACCAACGAGUUCGAAAUAGUUCAGCAUGCUGAAAAGCAAUCCUCCACUACCACCACUGAAAAAGCUAACUAA